UUUUGCCGAGGGCGUUCCCUUAAAAGAGGAGGAGCUUAAAUUCUUUCUGAAGCGUCUCCUCCGCUGACGUCACUCACUAGGGGCCAGGCUGAGCUACAGAACAGCAGCGUCAACUCCGAGCUGCUUCGGGCUCGUUUCCACGGUCUUCUCGGCAGCUCGAAACAGACGGCAGGAGAAAGUCGUCCUAGCCAGUUUGGGUCGUGGCUCAAGGAUUAAAGUGAUCGCUUCCGUCGAAACCGCCGCUGGGGAUUCAUGCUGUUGGUCAUCUAAAUGCGGUACGAGGCUAAAAUGAUGCCGAUGUUCCUGACAGUUUACCUCAGUAACAAUGACCAGCAUUUUACUGAGGUUCCCAUCACUCCAGACACUCUGUGCCGCGAUGUGGUGGACCUGUGCAAAGAGCCCGGGGAGGCAGACUGCCACCUCUCUGAAAUGUGGCGAGGAUCUGAGCGGGCAGUUGGAGAAGGAGAGAGGAUGCUGGAUGUGCUCCAGCGAUGGGGACAGCACAGGUCAGAGGUGCGCUUCUUUCUCCGUCACAAUCGAGCACCGAGGGAGUCCGGAGGGUCAAGAGUUCAAGAGCCCAAGAGGAACGGAGUGAGGGGUCCGCCAGACAGGAGAAUGGAGAACGGGAUGACCACACCCAGAAUGGACAUGACUCUAGCUGAGCUGCAGGAGAUGGCUGCCAGACAACAGCAGCAGAUAGAAGCUCAACAACAACUUCUGGCUUCAAAGGAGCAACGUCUCCGAUACCUCAAGCAGCAGGAGCAGCGUCAGCAGCAACAGGCAUCUGAGCAGGAGCGGCUGCAACGCCUGCGCGAGAACAUUGAAAACCAGGAGGGCCGUCUGAAAAAGGUCCGGGCCCUCAAGGGCCAAGUGGAGCAGAAGCGACUCAGCAAUGGAAAACUAGUGGAGGAGAUCGAACAAAUGAACAACCUGUUCCAGCAAAAGCAGAGGGAGCUGGUGAUGGCUGCUUCCCGAGUUGAAGAACUCAGUCGACAGCUGGAUUUGCUCAAAAACGGAAAGAGGGACAACAUCCAUGAUAACCAGGGAUCUGUGGCCGAACUGGACCGUCUUUACAAGGAGUUACAGCUGAGGAACAAGCUGAACCAAGAGCAGAAUUCCAAACUGCAGCAGCAGAGAGAGAACCUAAACAAGCGUAACCUGGAAGUUGCAGCCAUGGACAAACGGAUCAAUGAGCUCAGAGAUCGCCUGUGGAAGAAGAAAGCAGCAUUGCAGCAAAAGGAAAACCUGCCUAAUGGCUUUCCUGGUAAAGAGAGGGCUUCAAAAGACACUCAUCUUCAGCUGCCCUCUGAUGGCCAAGGCGGACAGCAAUCAGGUCCAUCUCGUGUUGCUGCAGUUGGCCCCUACAUUCAGUCGUCCACAAUGCCUCGUGGCCCUGCCAGACAUGACUUGCUUGUAAAACCGGCAUACCCAGAUGGCACUGCCACUUUACCGGCCCAGGAUCCACAGAGCAAAGCUGGAACAAGUCUGCACUCCUCGAAACUGGCUGACUGGACGUCUUCAGAAAACGGUCAUGGUCCAGCUUCAACUCUGCCACGCAUGAACUCUCAGUCCAAUAAAGACCAAAAUGAAGCCGAGCAAAAGAAAGAUCGAAAAGUUCGUCCAUUUUCCAUGUUUGAGCCGACUGAGAUCCCCUCCACUUCGCUCCGAAAGAACCAGAGCAGCGAUGAUUUGGUCAGGGACGCUCAGUCUGCAGCUAAGGCUCCAGUCAAGGUGCCCCCUCCGGUCCCCACCAAACCCAAAGGUCCGAAUGUGCCGUAUGGGAAACCAGGCUACAACACGGGCACCUUCCCCAAAGCCAAGCCGCACAGCAAUGAGCCCCAGUCCGCACAUGGCCGCGCCCCUCUCCCAGCGUCGCAGAGCCAGACACUCCCGUUACCCUCCAAGCAGGACACUCCGCCAGCGGCCACUGUACGACCUUUCACCCCAGAGCUGCCAUCCAAAGACAACAAUCUGAGCAAGCCGCAGACAUUAGCCGCCAGCUCCAUUUACUCCAUGUACACCCAACAGCCAGGCCCGGGGAAGACCUUCCAGCCUGGUGCGCAGGGUGCUCUGGGCAGGGCCCAGAAUCGCCCCAAUGGUUUUGUCAGUGUCUAUGGAAAGCCUGUGAUUUCCGGAGGAGGGGCUCAACCACCAGAGAACCCGUAUCUCGAUCGGCGGUCCCCUGCUCUGGAAACUGAAGUGGACCACAAUGGGUCCACUCACACAGGUCCUAGUCCGACCGAAGGCGCCCAACCUGAGACGGAGCGCAUACCUCGUCCCCUCAGUCCUACCAAGCUGCUUCCCUUCAUUUCCAACCCUUAUCGGCACCAGAGUGACGGCGACCUAGAAGCCUUAAGGAAGAAACUUUACAAUGCUCCAAGACCACUGAAGAAACGGAGCUCCAUCACCGAACCGGAAGGUCCAGCUGGGCCCAACAUUCAGAAACUCUUGUAUCAGAAAACAACGCUAGCUGCCAUGGAAACCACCAUAAUCGGGCCAGCGAACCCCACUGCUGCUGGUGAAGCCGAGCAGUCUGCAGAGAUUUCGGUGGGACCAAACUCCCCGAGCUCUCAGAUCAGUGUUGAGAGCCUUCCGUCGGAUAGUGGAGAGCCUUACGAACUUCAGCCUCAGUUCCUGAGUGUGAACUCACCACCCCCAGCCCCUGCUGAACACAUCAAGUUGCCUUCGAUUAUUCUUGAGAAUGAGGACAUCGUCCCUCCACCCCCUCCGUCUCAUCCAGCUCCUAGACCAGAGGAUGCCGGAUUUCCACCCCCACCACCGCUAACCUCUGAUGACACAAUGCCUCACCUUCCACCUCCACCUCCAGAAGGAUUCCUGGAAGAGUUUCCACCAUAUCCACCUCCUCCAUACCCCAGUGGUGGUACCGAGCAGGAAACUCUGGGAGAAGACAUCUUUAACAUGAAGGCACCAGAAGUCACCGGGCUGGUUGCCUUGCCACCGGGAAAGAGGACAAACCUGCGCAAGCCCGGCUCUGAACGCAUCGACCACAGCAUGAGAGUCAAGUUUAACCCCCUGGCUCUGCUGCUGGACUCUUCUCUGGAGGGCGAGUUUGACCUGGUCCAGAGAAUCAUCUACGAGGUGGAAGAUCCCAGUCAGCCCAACGAUGAAGGCAUCACAGCUCUGCAUAAUGCAGUCUGCGCCGGACACACAGACAUUGUUAACUUCCUAGUGCAGUUUGGCGUCAAUGUUAAUGCUGCAGACAGUGAUGGAUGGACACCUCUCCACUGUGCUGCAUCCUGUAACAAUGUGCAAGUGUGCAAGUUCCUCGUCGAGAAUGGCGCCGCAGUUUUUGCCAUGACGUACAGUGACAUGCAAACAGCUGCCGACAAAUGUGAAGAAAUGGAGGAGGGCUACUCACAGUGUUCUCAGUUUCUAUAUGGUGUCCAAGAGAAGAUGGGCAUCAUGAACAGAGGCGUGGUCUACAGCCUGUGGGACUACACGCAGGAGAAUCCUGAUGAACUGGCGUUCCGGGAGGGAGACUCUAUGACUGUGAUUCGGAGGGAAGACGAGGAUGAGGUUGAAUGGUGGUGGGCCCGCAUGGGUGACACUGAAGGAUACAUCCCUCGCAACCUUCUCGGGUUGUAUCCAAGAAUAAAACCAAGGCAGAGAACCCUUGCUUGAACCCAGGAAACUGAGACUGGAAUACUGCGGGAACUUCCGAUGGGAAGAAACGUGGAGCGACCAAACCAUAUGAAGGAUCAGCAAUGAACACUAUCUGGCACUUUCUGUUCUGUAGAGGGAUUUCCUCUCUUUUGUUUCACGCUGUGUACUUCGAACACUAAUAAUGGCAUUGUUAUCCCUGAUUUUCCUUUACUGUCAUUCUGUCACAUUUAAAUGGUGUUAAUGGAAUUUGACAAUUGAUUUAUUUUCCCAUUGUAAAGGAGAUUUUUUUUUUCUGCCAGUGCUAAUGGUUGUAUUUUUUUUUCCACACAACCACGACUCAAGACUGGAUGGAAACUGACGACAUUGACAAUCUCUAUGAACAUUCAGUGCUACGUAACUGUGUCUCCAUUAUUUAGCCCCUGAGUAGAUCAUUAAAUACUUACUGACAUAAUUAAUGGAAAAAUGAUGAAGGUUUUUCCUGUACAAACUAGUAAAGCGUCACUAAAACUCUACCGUUCACAUCAUGCAGUAUGUAAAUGUUUUUGGUCUUCCAAUAUUUAGUCAGGUAUAGGAUCUAGUUCAAGUAGUUCCAAAGUGUAGUCAGAAACUCGCUCAGAUUCGUGUCCACGGUGCAGUACAGAUAGAAAUGUUUGGUUCUGAAACAGUCUCAUUUCUGUGUCAGUGCUGAUGUAUUUAUUUUUGCUACCAUUUUCACUCUAGCCUUCCGAUUCAAACUGUAAUCACAAAUGUAGCAUUGGAAGAAUUUAUAAUAAAACACUUUGUACUAAACCUGACAA